AUGAGCCAACCGAUGGAUCGCGGAAAUAGGAGAGGGGGCAGAAAGAAUUGGCGCACCAAUUACGCAGAGCGCCCCCCUCCGGAAAGAGCGGUGGUGCAGCUGUGGAAGAGCGCCUCCCCCGAGAGAGGAAGGGGGCGUGGUCAAAAGCAGGACGGAGAAUACUUCCGCUUAUUCUGGAAUUUGACACUGAACUGCUUCAAGAUGGGAAGCAAGAAAGAUGAUGGGCUCUUGAAUAGGAUCUCAUGUUCAGGACCAGCAUCCCUUGGAAGCAGUCAUGUUACCGGUUCUCAUGGCUUACCACUCCAGGAGCCAUUUGGCAUCUCUUUUCCUUUUGGACAAACAUACUGGGACCACCAACCUUACAAUGGAUAUUCAGGAAGAUUCUCUUAUCUACCCUUUUCUGGGUAUGUAGGAGUCUAUGACUACUCAUUUGAGCCUGCCUUCAUUCGGAAGAGGAAUGAGAGGGAAAGGCAGAGGGUUCGUUGUGUAAAUGAGGGCUAUGCACGCCUCCGAGACCAUCUUCCCAAAGAGCUUGCUGAGAAGCGUCUCAGCAAAGUGGAGACUUUGAGAGCUGCCAUAACUUACAUUAAACACCUUCAGAAUUUGCUGGAAUAUCAUCCUUUAGGAACAAAUUCUAAGACAGCCAUUCCAGCUGCAGAGACACCAGCAGUUUCUGGUCCUAGUUUAAGAAGGGAAUGCAACAGUGAUGGAGAAUCUAAAACCUCAUUAGCUUCAUCUCCUUAUAGUGAGUUUGAAGAAGUUUGUAGUUAG